AAUCAAUAAACAGAGGGCCAGCCGGGCUAUAACUUCAGAACAAGAGAGAGAACCAUAGAAGAAGUGACGAAGGCAUUUUGUUUCGUACAGAGGACAGUGAAAGAAGCAAGCUUAUUACUCCGGUAGAGAUUUUUAAAAUCGCCUAUCCAAAAUGACCGACUUGGAGUCAGACUCAGUCUCUACCAGCCGAACUGGAUGUUUCGGCCAGAUUAAAGACGGAAUCACAAAAGCACUCUCGGCAGCUGGUGAUCGUGCAACCAUCCCUGGAAUUAUUACCAACAACAAGAUCACUCUAAAGAACAUGGUCAUUUCCUUAGCAGUACUGGGGCUCGAAGUUCUGCUUCACUCCGAGGUCUUUGACUGCCCCGUAAAGAAUCAUAAAAUCUAUGCCCUCUCCUGGUUGUGUGCCCCACCAGCUAUCAUUUUCUUUGUCAACCUGCUUAUCAUUGGAGACAUCUGGAAACUUUCCGAUCAUUGUCUGGUACGCGACUAUUUUCAAUUUGGCUACUUCUGUGGCCACACUAUUCCCAGCAUUGUCAAAGCGAUGGCAGGAGCGUCUGUAUGGUUGAUCUUGGCAUUUUAUAGAAAGGAUUAUUACGUGUGCGCCCAGGUAGGACCAGAUAUCCGCGAGAGAAACGAAACUGAUCCAGAUAAGCUCAAAGAAUACGAUAUGACCGUAGAGACGGCUGGGGCCGAAUCUCAAAUUUUCGCCUGGGCAGUUUUCGUGGUCAUGGUUUUCUCCGCUUCUGUAGUGGUCAUUAGCAAGAAUUGUUGUCUUAAGGACCAAGACAUCCUAGACGACAUACGCAUAUUUGAGGAACGGGAGGCGAAGUGGGCUAAGAGGACCUUUACUAAGCUCGCUAAGGGUUUGCGCGAUAAAGAAAUAACAAAUGAAAACGAAACUGCCAACCAGGAAAAGGAGGAAGGAAAAGAGGUAAAGAUAAUACUCUAUGGCGGUGGAAUUCCGGAAACAUUGGGCGAAAAAAAGGUGAUUGAAAUGUUUAAAGGUUGGGAGGAAAAAAAUCCAAAUUGGCAUUACCGUGAUGCUUACGACCAAUUCGAAAAGCUCUAUCCUAGAGCUGCUAAUGGCAAGCCUAGAAGUAGAUGGAGCACAACACAUCUAUCCCAGCAAUUUGCGAAAAAUGCGCGCCCAGUGAACACUAAUGAAGACACAAAGCUUCCAUUCGAGCAAACAAGCAGAGGUACCACAACUUUGGAAGACACCAGGCCGCCAGUCGACCAAACAAGUGGAGGUAGCACAAGUUUGGAAAUGCAGAAGAUAACAUCUACACGCAAUGAUGAUAUCACACAGGAACCCGCCGAAACAGCCAGACUUAUCGAAAGCACUUAAUCUAAGCUAAUUCAAAAAGGUUUUAUGUUAUAAAUAAUGAUCUUUUAACAUAGCUUCGUAAACCACCAUACAAACGCAUAUAACUAAUUGCAAAGUAACGAAGUCAGUUCAUGUCUCAGAUAUGAUUACCAUUGGUGAAACGUAGGUCUUUUAUAAACAGCAUAAGUCAGCCGGUUUAGAUUAGUCACAGAAAAUAAACUCCCACGCGUUUGCAAACAAACCUAGACAACAAUGAAACUCAAACUAUCUUGAGAAUAUUUGCUCACGAAAAAGAGAAAGAAUGACUUACAAUUUUUUAAAUUUUUAAAUUUUUAAAUUUUUAAUUUUUUCAAAUGUUUUAAGCUAGAGGACCUAAGCCUAUUGGUUAUUGUUUUCACUGGAAGUACGAUAUUAAACAGU